CAAGUUCGGGGAACAAUCGCGUUAUGUAAUUUCCAAGGUUAUUACCUAUCGAAUUCCUCCUUUGAAAAAAAAAAAAAACGUUUAAAGCCAGCAGAUAUGUAAGCCAAGACUUCUCGUAACACUAAGGCUAUGUUCAAAUUGUUAAAGUUAAUUGGUUGGCGUCUGAACGGUUGCCUUAACAUAGCGGCAGUGCCUGGAUUAUGCUAGGAUUAUCCUAUGAAUCAACCCAUUUUGACGGUAGCUUGAGAAAAAUACAUGCAAGACUUAUAAGUAACAAUAAACCCCAGAAUAUUUUCCAUCAGUCUUCAUUCAUCCAAAUAAUACCGAAUAGUACUAAAUAAUAUCAAUCAUGAGUUCUAUCACAAAUAAGAUCAGAGCAUCAGCCCCUCGCAACAGCGAGCUAUUAGCUAUUCUCUCCGAGACCGAUCACGCACAGCCGGCCUUGGAGCAGCACAGACGCCAUGUGGAUGAUCUCAACAAUGAACUUUCUGCUAUUCGAGAGCGCAUCUCUCGGCUUGAUAAACAACGAGCUAAAGAAUUGAAAGAGCACCAGAAAUAUCGAGAUUCGGUUAUGAAGCGUUUCGCAUAUCGUGUUAGUGGUAAGACUGAUAAGUUCGAGGCCAAAGCUGAGAAGGAAGAAAAAGAAUAUUUCGCUGUCCUACAACAAGAGCGGCAAGCUAAAGAGAUGGAAGAGCAUCUUAGAGAAAUGCGCUCCAAAGCCAUAGAAGUCCAGAGCGAUUUGGAGGUCGAGCUGAAUCGUCAUACCGAAGCCCAGCAGCAACUUGACAAUCUCUACGAUAGCAUUUUCCAGGGACCGACACCAGCCUUUCCUGACGAAGACCGUUUAGAGGAAAACGCCAGGAAUUGUUUGAAAUCUUACCAAAACGCUCGCAUGGUGGUGGAAACAGAACAACACGUUGUGCACCUCCUAACAGAAGCUCAAGAACGAGUUUACAAGGCACUAAAUUACACCGAAGAAGCCCUGAGCCAUAGCCGAAUGGAUAUGUUCGGCGGCGGUACCUUGAGCGAUAUGAUGGAGCGCAACGCACUGGAUAAAGCUGAAAGCCAACUAGGUCAGAUGCUGUCGCUUGUCCGACAAGCACAGCGCGCAUCUCAAAAAGUACAAGAUCUACCAGCUGUCGGCAUCGCACAGGGCAGUUUAUUAGGCGAUGUAUUCUUCGAUAAUAUAUUCAGCGACAUGGCUUUCCACGACAAGAUCAAGGAUUCCCGCGCAGGUCUUUAUCGAGCCCGCGAUAGCCUACGCCAUCAGUUAACCUUGGCCAAAGCCAGACAUCAAGACGCCGAGCAAGACUUGAUCUUGCACACGGAAUCGCUCAAAAGGGCCAGAGAAGAGCUGCAAAAUGCAAGACAGGCUAUAUUUGAACGUGUCGCUUACGGUCAUUUGGAUGACCCAGCAUACGCCAUGGAGCAACCCCCUCCUUAUCAACUAGGGACCUAAGCUGGAAAGGAGUAGGAUAAAAUACUUUAAGCUACCUACAAUACACCUCAUCGCUAGUUACAUGCCUACCUGGAUACAAAGUAAUUGACAAACUGAAUAUACCAACUCAUAACUCCUUCAACCCCUGAAACACAAACAGGCUUCUCAGACUCUAUUUAGGCUUUCUUAGCCGCUGUCUUCUUGAGAAGGUGACUAUCAUCAACGCAUCCGAUAACGACCUCUUCAUCAUCAACCAUCUCGCGGUUCAUAUGUGCCAGGAACUUUUCUUGUUCCUCAAAAAAUGCCUUGAGUUUGCGCGUGGCAAC